CGGAAGUAUCACGUGACCUCUCCAAUCAAUAGCAACGUGUGGCUCAAUCAAUCCGUGGUUUUAAAAUUCGUCAAGAUUUGCUCCUAGAAAACGCCGGCAGAAAGAUGCUGCGUAGGAUGGCAUUAAAGGACCUCAACCCGCACAUCAUAUGCGUGCUUUGCGGGGGAUAUUUGGUGGACGCGACCACUAUAGUCGAGUGCCUUCACUCUUUUUGUCGUAGCUGCAUCGUCAGCUGGCUACAGGCGAGCUAUCACUGCCCUGUAUGCGACACGGAAGUACACAAGACGAGGCCCUUUCUGAACAUCAGGCCUGACUGUGUUUUGCAGGAUAUUGUGUACAAGCUUGUCCCUGGCCUCUAUCAACGAGAGCUAAAUUACCGCGAGGAAUUCAAAACAAAAUUACAAGAAAAUGACCCAACACGUGUCGAGCCAAAAGACGAAGUAAAAGGCGAUAGUAAUAACAAGAAGCAUGAAGACGACGUGAUCGAAGACCCCGUGUGCCUAACACUGGAGUAUUAUGGAGCAAGGCGGAACUGGCGAGAUCAGCCGGUGUUUCCAACGCGGUACCUCAGAUGUUCAUCUACAAUGACGAUUGGCGUCCUAAAAAAAUUCUUCCUCAUGAAAUUCAGCAUCCCGCCCUCGCACGAGGCCGAGAUUGUACGAAGCGAUGAGAUAUUGAGCGAUCACUUAUCAAUGAAAGAAGUGGCGGGAAUUUACGGACUACACUCUAAGUCCUUUAUCGACCUUCAAUAUGUAUUCAUGGCCAUUGACAACGACAACGAUCCGGAUUCGAAAAUACCCAGGACAUCUUUGACGAAUUCUGGAAACACGCGCUUGAUGGCACAAAUAUCUAAGAAUUCAGCGCGUGAUACGUUUACAAAGUCACGUGAAAAGAAACGAACAGCACGUGAGCGUAAAGCUACCUUACGUGAUCAGCACAGUCCUUCACGUGACGUAAAAAAUGCGGUACCAAGGAAUCAUAGUAAUGCAUCAGAAGGCCCAAACAGUACAUCAUGUGAAGAAAACAUUCACCUUAAAAAUACACUUGACCCGCAUCUACUAUCACAUAAGCAUUUACAUACAAACGAGUCUCUCAUUGAUAGGAUUGGGGUGGAACCCAGGCAGGACCUUAGCUUAUCCAAGUAUGAAGCGAAUGGUACUAUUCCAACUAUGGUGGACACUUUUGAGUGCCCAGAUACCCCCGAGAGUGACAAACAAGAAAAGUUCUUUCCUGGAGAGUUCUCACCUUCUGGUAACAUGGAACCAGAAAUAUCAACAGUAGUCAUGUGACAUGGAUCACCGGCAGUGGUCAUGUGACAUGGAUCACCGGCAGUGGUCAUGUGACAUGGAUCACCGGCAGUGGUCAUGUGACAUGAAUAACCGGCAGUGGUCAUGUGACAUGAAUCACCAGCAUUGGUCAUGUGACGGAUCACCGGCAGUGGUCAUGUAACAUGGAUCACCGGCAUUAGUCAUGUGACAUGAAUCACCGGCAGUGGUCAUGUGACAGGGAUCACCGCAGUGGUCAUGUGACAUGGAUCACCGGCAGUAGUCAUGUGACAUGAAUCACCGGCAGUGAUCAUGUGACAGGGAUCACCGCAGUGGUCAUGUGACAGCAGUGGUCACGUGACAUGGAUCACCGGCAGUAGGUAUGCCAUGGAUCACCGGCAGUAGGUAUGCCAUGGAUUACCAGCAUUGAUCUCUUUGUUGAAAGGGAUUACUGCAUUUCUUCUAUUGAAGAUCUUCAUUCAUUUGAAUUGUAUAAAUUAUGCACAUAGUAAGUUAUGUUUCAGCAGCACAGCUGCCUAAUGUAUCUCUGUCAUCUUUAUUACAACGACUCUGUUGGAUCUGAAUUGAAUAAAUCUUGAUAAUUCAUUCAUGAA